AUGGAUGACGCAGAACUUGAUCAAGAUUUCACAUUUGACGAUGGAAAGAAAGCGGCCAAAUCGAUGAAAAAGAAGAACAAAUCAGGUGGUUUUCAAUCAUUCGGAUUAUCUGCACCGGUGUUCAAAGCGAUCAUGAAACGUGGUUAUAAAGUUCCUACACCAAUUCAACGUAAAACAAUUCCGGUAAUCCUUAAAAAUAAAGAUGUGGUAGCUAUGGCACGAACAGGAAGUGGAAAAACAGCUGCCUUUCUUAUCCCGAUGUUUGAGAAGUUGAAAGGACAUGAUCCUAAUUCAGGACCUCGGGCAUUGAUUCUUUCACCUACGCGUGAAUUAGCAUUGCAAACAUUGAAAUUUACACAGCAGCUUGGAAAACUUACUGAUCUCAUUUCGACAGCUAUUCUUGGCGGUGAAAGAAUCGAAGAACAAUUCAGUAAUUUACAUGCACAUCCGGAUAUAAUCAUAGCUACACCUGGUCGUUUCAUGCAUUUGUGUAUUGAAAUGGAUUUGAAGUUGAAUGACGUUAAAUAUGUUGUCUUCGACGAAGCUGAUCGCUUAUUUGAAAUGGGUUUUCAAGAACAAUUAAACGACAUUAUCAAACGUUUGCCAUCUCAGCGUCAAACAUUAUUAUUUUCUGCUACACUAUCGAAAAUUCUCGCCGAAUUUGCCAAAGCUGGUCUCUACGAACCGGAAUUGAUCCGUCUUGAUAUCGAAAUGAAAUUAAAUGAAAAUCUCAAACUGAUUUUCUUCCAUCUGCGUCACGAUGAUAAAACAGCGUUACUUCUUCAUCUUCUCCGCUCAGUAAUUCCAUCCGAUCAACAGAUUGUCCUAUUCGUUGGUACUCGUCAUCACUGUGAAUAUCUCAAAGAACUCCUUGAACAACAACAACAGCAAGAUCUUUUCUCAGCUGUGACUAUCUAUUCGACAUUGGAUCAUUCGACACGAAAAAUCAAUUUAGCAAGAUAUCAAUCGGGUAAAGCAAGAGUCCUAAUCGUCACGGAUAUUGCAGCAAGAGGAAUUGAUAUUCCCUCGUUGGACAACGUGAUUAAUUAUCAUUUUCCAGCAACACCAAAAUUAUUUCUCCAUCGAGUCGGUCGAGUUGCACGUGCCGGACGAUUGGGUACUGCGUACUCAUUGCUAUCCACCGAUGAAUUAUCUUAUCUAUUCGAUGUUCAGGAAUUCAUCGGUAAAACAAUAGAUUAUGCGAAACUGGAUGACGGCACAACCGAUUAUCAUUUAUUAUUCGGUAAUGUUCCACAAACAAUCAUUGAUGAAGAAUCAGAAACGAUUCGAAAAAUAACCGAAACCAAUGUUGACUUAGUAAACUUAUUUGCAGUUCAACAAAAUGCCUACCAACAUUACAUUCGAUCGCGACCAGCAUCGACUUAUGCGUCCGUGAAACAGAUGAAACAAUAUCACAAUCAAAUUACAAACAUGGGCAUUCAUCCGAUUUUUCGAGAUAGUUAUACGGCGGAUGAAUUAGCGCCGAAUGCGUUGAUUCAACAAUUGAAAUCAUUUCGUGCUAAGAGUACGAUUUUCGAAGUGAAUCCAUCGUCGAGCAAUGAAGCAUGUGCGAUUAUGAGACGGAAACGAGCACAUGAUGGAAAAUCAAUCCUUAAGCAUGAGAGAAAGGAUCAACCAUUGCCAGCAAUCCAAGACGAUAGUGAUGAUGAAGAUCGACCAAAAACACUCGAAGUGGAUAAUAUGACCAUAACUGUCCGAGAUAAUGACGAUACGGAAUUGCCAGCAAAGAAGAAGAAAAAGAAUCGACGUGAAGUUGAUAAAGACUUUUUUAUUCCAUAUCAACCACCGGAUUAUAAACGUGAACGAGGGUUAGAAAUUCAAUCGUUCGAACGACAAACAAAUGAUGCAGUCAUGGAUUUAGCGAACGAUGAUGGCACGUCGAUGAAAGGUCCAAUGAUACAGAAAACGAAAUGGGAUCGCAAGAAGAAGAAGUUUGUUACUGUUGGUCAGACUGAUGCUAGGACGAAGAAAAUCAAGACAGAAAGUGGCCAAUGGAUACAAGCUUCCUACAAAACUGAUGUCUAUAAGAAAUGGUUAAACAAAUCCAAAGUUCUUGACAAAGAACUACCCGAUAGUCGUCGGAAUCGAUCCGAAGAUCAUGUUAACGAUGAUGAAAAGUCCAGUGCUCAACAUAAACCACGACAAUUCCAACAACGUGUUAAUCAAUUAAUGAGCCGACAAAAGGCACAAUUGAAAGCGAAAGGUCAACGUAUGCCGAGUCAUUCAGAAUUGAAAAAACCCGAACAGAUUGUUAAGAAACGUGCUGAAAAACGUCAACGACUCUCACUUCAACGUGCUCGUCAAAUGCGCAAAGGCGGUCGAACGAACUAUCGCAAUAAACGUCAUAGUAAUAAAGCAAAACAUACUCGACGUGUAACAUCUUCGAACACAAAUCAAUCAUCAAAAAGAACGAAAAAGAGAUAA